AUGAACGGAACUCCCCGCCUUACGUCUGCCUUCCCUCAGACGCCCCAGACAAUUCCGAGGAGGAGGAAGCUCUUUGAGACUCCCUCUCGCUCUCAGCCUCGUGAUAAACGUGAUGGGCACGAUCGUGUGUCACCCUCCAAGUCGUCCUACAAAGUGCCGAAGCCGCAACCGCAGCCUCUGCCUCAGCCUCAGAAUACAAAUACACCGCUCGUCCCUACAAAUUUGAUCGAUGCGCCUUCACAGCGACUAUAUGUGUCCGCCUUCUGGCUCGUACUGAACGCAUGGAGAGUUUACGAAUCCUGGUCUGCGUCGGACGAGCUGGACUCGACCUGGCUUUUUCUGAAAUGGAUGUCGAUUGAUGGAAUUUUCCUGUUCGGCCUACAGGCUCUGCGCAUACCAUGGUUGGAGUGGGCUUUCCCAACUACUUUGGCAGUAUUCCUUGUGCAUAUGGUGGGCAACAUUUUCUUGAUGUUCCGCAUUCCGCUACCCUUAGGCGUGUGGCUCUCAGGUCUCGUGAAGGUGGCUUAUGAUCGCGAACUGUCAAUCUCCGAGCGAAAGGUCAAACCGGGUGAUAUUAUCCAUAAUGCGUCAUUGAUCCUGGGCAAGCAGAUCGUUCACAUUUUACCCGAAGGAUCUGCUGUUCUCAACCCGAAACGAGAGGCACUCUGCCUUGACUCUCAAAAAAACUUUGUGCAUCUCCCAAUCCGAGUCAACCAGACUGACCCGAUUCUCAUCGAAGUGCUACGACUUGAUCUGAACACCGGCGAAAACGAAACCUUGACUAUUCCUGCAAAACAGUUGAAGCAACUCAAGAAGCAGGCAGAUAAGAGACAUGCAAAUAUGGACCCUGUGCUCCACCGGGACCUCCUUUUUCCGGUGCGCAAGACUGGUAUCUACCGUCUCCAGCGAGUUGUAGAUGAAUCUCAGCUCGACGUCCACACACGCACGUCUGACGCGCUGGUGGUUACAUGUCCCCGCGCGUUGAUCAAAAAUUCUCACACGAACAAAUGCAAGGGAGAGCUGUCAAACCUGGUGCUCGAGGUCGAAGGCACACCCCCUCUGAAGAUUAAGUACAGCCGGCAGGUGAAUCAUCAUGAUCGAGGAUUCUCCUUCCAGAAUAUUCAGCCGGAUAAUCUACGCUCGCCACUUUUCAAUCAAAGACCAGGAGGCGCUCUAUUCAGCAUCAACCAGCCCGAUAUUUCUUGGGCUCAGAGUCAAAAGAUCGAAGUCCCGUUGAACGAGUCGCUGAAUGUCGGUGGCGAGUGGCUUUACGCCGUUGAGGAGGUUCACGAUGCGUGCGGCAACGUGGCGAAUUACUCUUCUCUCUUCGAAGACUCGGAGCGUCCAUCUACCAAAUCGGUCUCCCAAUGGCACCAGUUCUCCGUUCAUGAGCGGCCUCGCGUGUCAUUGUCAGGCUGCAAUGACCAACGUCCGCUGGAGGUCGCCCGUGGAGACAAUGUCAACCUGCCAAUUGAUUUCCAGGCCGUUGGAAACGGCUACAUUAAUGAUGGGCCUUUUUCCAUCACAUAUUCUUUCAGCAGCGCCAAUCCUGAACAGAAGGAUGAUGAUACCAAGGCAUCCAAGACGCUUCACUUGAAAACCUUGGAUCAGAAAUCUCCUAUCAAGGAACCGGGCUGGUAUUCUUUAUCAUCAGUGUCAAGCCAAUUCUGCCCCGGUGAAGUCCUCGAGCCCUCUGCCUGUUACCUUCACAAUCCACCGGAACCCGAACUUUCUGUCAAAUCCGAAAAGAUCUUCGACAGAUGUGCAAACAAUGCCGUUGGCUUGCUCGUGGACCUAGAUCUGACAGGAUCGCCGCCGUUCCGCCUUCGGUACAGUAUCGAAAGCUCCAAGGGUGCUGUCACGAAAACACAGAAGAUUGACGGACUACGGUCUCAAAUGGAUUUCACUCCUUCCGAGGCUGGCUUCUACCGUUACCGAUUCCUGGACAUCGAAGAUGCUGUUUACUCUCCGCGAUCUCUGAAGGACAAUGUGCCUAUCCUGGAACAAGACGUCAAACCGCCAGCCUCGGCUCACUUCCUUGGUCCCAGACAGGCUCGUAAAGCUUGCUUUGGGGAGUCUGUUUCUGUCGAUGUUGCUUUCCUGGGCGAAGCUCCAUGGACGCUGCAAUACGAACUUGUUCACAACGGCAAGAGACAAAAGCAAGUCUUGGAAUCCGAUAGCGAAGUGGCGACCAUUACUAGCGACAAAUUGGUCAAUGGUGGUGAAUAUAUCCUUGCUCUGACGAGCGUUAAGGACAAGUCGAACUGUAAGCGUUCCCUUAAGGAUAACCUCAGAAUUGACGCUCGAUCAAAACCACCUCAUGUCUCGUUCGGUCACAUUGAUAAGCAAAGAAGUGUCUCCGCUUUGCAAGGUUCUAAGAUCGAAAUUCCGUUGAGGCUGAGCGGCGAGCGGCCAUGGACUGUGAAGUACAAGAAUGUGGAUAUCGACCCUUCGCCCAUCGAGAAGACCUUUUGGGAUGGUAAUAGUGUUUUGGAUGUGGACCGCGAAGGUCUCUACGAGCUUGUUGAGGUUUUCGAUAGUUCGUGCCCAGGAACCGUGGACCAAUCUGCCAAGGAAUUUGAAGUGUCAUGGAUCCCCCGCCCACACGUCGCCGCCGUGGAUGGCUCUCCCGUUGGACCGGCAGGUCAGCACGCGAAGGCAGAGGUUUGUCAAGGCGACGGCGAUAGCCUUGAACUUCGUCUGUCAGGCAACCCCCCAUUCAAUCUUCAAUACGAGCAGCGGCGGAAGACUGACAGAGGAGUUUCUUCCUCCCGUUCGCGCAACGUAAAGACUGCUCUCAAUGUUGCUUCGAUGGAGAUGGAUACUUCUGAGCCUGGUCAGUACACUUACAAAUUCACCGAGGUGGGCGAUAACCUGUACGAUCAUGAACCGAAGAGCAAUGGUCUCGUUGUGACGCAGAAGGUGAACUCUCUUCCUCGCGCCCGAUUCGACUCUCCCGGUCAUAUCUACGGUUUCUGCAAGGAAGACGUAAGCGGCGAGGAAACCAUUCCGGUCACACUGGAGGGGCAGCCGCCCUUCUCGUUGGAGAUCAGCAUCAAACACCACUCGAACGCCAAACCAGAGCUUGUCACCAUCCCGAAGAUUAACUCGAACCGCCACAAUCUGCCCAUCCCUCGGCGCCAUCUCGAUCUAGGCCAACAUGUGGUUAGUAUCCACAAGGUCCGUGACUCGCGUGGCUGCCAACGGACGACCGAGUAUGACGCCACCACCUCUGUGCGGGUGGUUGUUUCCGACGUGCCUACAAUUAUUCCUCUCGAGUCCAAGGUUGACUACUGCGUGGGUGAACGACUUUCGUUCUCUCUUUCUGGGCACGCUCCGUUCGAGGUCUUCUAUACCUUUAACGGAGCCCAGAGAAAGGCCACUUCUCAGAACACCAACUUCCGCCGCAUUGCCGAGCGCCCUGGUGAGUUCAGUAUCACUGCGGUUGGGGAUGGUGCUAGUGGCAAGUGCAAGGCCCACAAAGACAUCACCAAGGCCAUCCACGAGAUGCCCAGUGUGCGAAUCAGUAAGGGUCAAGUUUCGGUGGUGGACAUUCACGAAGGUGGAGAGGCUGAGCUUCACUUUGAGUUCUGGGGAACGCCUCCGUUUGAAUUCACAUACAUUCGAAGCUCCAAUGCUCGCAAGGGAAAGAAGUCCGAGGUUCUUGACAUCAAGCACGAUAUCUCCUACGAGCACAAAAAAACCAUCAAGACCUCUGACGAAGGUACCUAUGAGGUCGUGGCGAUCAAGGACAAGUUCUGCUCGUUUUCCUCGCAGGUCCCUGGUAAGUCGGAACGAGGUUCAUGA